AUGGAGACGUGCGGUCGGAUAGCGUUGGUGUCAUUUGUAUCGUCGCUGACAUCACUGGUGUUGAUAUGGCUCAUCAAACUGAUGGUCACUUUCGGCGAUAACGUAAUCACCGAUUGGUUUGUCAUGAUUUUCGUGAGUCACGCACUCAUCACUCACGCCAUACUUGGGCUCAGAUUUUACACGCGUUCAAAGCUAUACUUUCAGGUAUCGUUUAGGGCCAGCCUUUUGGGUGAGGGCUUGGCUUUGGGUUUAUUGGUGUCAACGUUGGGCACAACCAACUGGUCCACCAAUUUUGGCCUCUAUUUAGUGGUGUUAUCGGCCUUUCAUUUCAGCGAAUAUAUUGUCACAUCAAUCAUAAACCCGCGCUCUUUGUCUUUGGAUUCAUUCCUCUUAAACCACAGCAAAGAGUACGGCAUAGCGGCCGCCGCAUCGCUCAUGGAGUUCACUAUUGAGUCAUACUUAUGGCCACAAAUGAAGGCUCAUUUUUGGAUCACAACAUUUGGCUUAAGUCUGUGUAUGUUUGGCGAACUCAUGAGGAAGGGAGCGAUGCUUACGGCCAGAAGUAAUUUCAAUCAUAUCAUACAAAACCGUCGCCGAGAGGGACACACACUCGUCACGCAUGGAGUGUACGCUUUCUGCAGACAUCCGUCUUAUGUCGGAUGGUUUUACUGGUCUAUUGGCACUCAAAUAAUCCUUAUGAAUCCCAUUUGUUGUGUGGGAUAUGCGCUCAUCAGUUGGCGCUUCUUCAGUGACCGCAUCUACGAAGAAGAGAUCACUUUAUUGAACUUCUUUGGCGAACAAUAUGUCAAUUAUAAACAAAAAGUCCGAUCGGGUCUUCCCUUUAUAUCUGGUUAUCGAUUCCAACAUUAAUUUAAUCAUAAAAAACAAAUCAAUUUGUGAAGAAUUUACACAAAAAAUACAAAAUGUGAAACAUAUUAGUCGUCCGUUUGUGUCCAAAGACAAGACUAGUCACUGAUUUUACUUAUAUUUAUUAUAAAUUGUGAAAAACUAUUCUAUUAAGUAAUCAAGUAUUUAAAUAAACUAAAAAUGCUGUUAACGUCCGCCACCGGCGCCCUCGGGAUUGGUUGCGCCUGAGAUGAGGAGGAAUAUGACCACCGGUACGAUAUACAUCCACUACAAGACAUACCAUUCAUUAAAUC